GUCCGAGAAGUACAAAGCAAAAUCCAAAAAAAGCAAAUCGUCAACCUCAUGGGGGGAUGAAGCUUUGGCGACUCCGCAUCGCGCAACCAACUACCCAACAGCCUCUCCAUUCUCUACUCAACACCACCAACUCCAUCCAAACAGCCUCAACUCCCAGCGGCGGGAAAACUAGCGCAAUCUUAACCUUGAUCAAUACCACCAACUUCUCCCCGAAUACCAGCGCAUACUGCAAGAUCCUAGCAGAAUGCGGCGCCUCCAAAUCCAUCCACCUAAGCAUGCAAAUCCACGCCCAUAUCAUCAAAUCCGGAUUUUCCCAAAACAUCCCACUCCGCAACCAUCUGAUCAGCCUUUAUUCGAAAUGCCGGGUCUUUGGAUACGCCCACCAGAUGUUCGACGAAAUUCCUCACCCAGAUCUCGUCGCUUGGUCUGCUCUUAUAUCUGGGUACGCCCAGAAUGGGCUUGGGGAGGAAGCAAUUUCGGCCUUCCGUCAGAUGCAUCUGUCGGCUGUCAAGUGUAAUGAGUUUGCUUUCCCAAGCGUGCUUAAAGCAUGCUCAAUUACAUUGGAUUUGAAGCUGGGGCAGCAGGUCCAUGGCAUUGUUGUUGUAACUGGGUUUGAAUCCGAUGUCUAUGUUGCAAAUACUUUGGUUGCAAUGUAUGCCAAAUGUGGGCAGUUAUUGGAUUCGCGGAAACUGUUCAAUGAAAUUCCCGAACGAAAUGUUGUCUCUUGGAACGCAUUGUUUUCUAGUUAUGUGCAGAAUGAACGUUGUGGAGAAGCUGUGGCGCUUUUCCAGGAAAUGGUUGUGAGUGGAAUUAAACCCGACGAGUUUAGUCUGUCGAGUGUCUUGAAUGCAUGCACAGGAUCAGAGGAUUUACACCAUGGAAGGAGAGUUCACGGAUACCUGAUACGGCUUGGGCAUGCUUUGGACCCAUUCGCGGCCAAUGCACUUGUUGACAUGUAUGGGAAAGUAGGAGAUCUUGAGGAUGCUAUGAUGGUUUUUGAGAAAAUCAAUCAACCCGAUAUCGUUUCGUGGAAUGCUGUUAUUGCUGGUUGUGUUCUUCAUGGACAUCAUGAUUGGGCACUGGAACUGAUGGGUAAGAUGAAAGGAUCAGGGGCGGUUCCAAACAUGUUCACUCUAUCUAGUGCUCUUAAAGCUUGUGCGGGAUUGGGGAUGAAAGAGUUGGGUAGGCAGAUAAACUCCAAUCUAGUCAAGAUGGGUUUUGAUUCUGACUUUGUUGUGGGUGUUGGGCUUGUUGACAUGUAUUCAAAGUGCGAACUUAUAGAGGAUGCAAGAAAGAUUUUUGAUUCCAUGCCUGAGAAGGAUAUGAUUUCAUGGAAUGCUAUGAUCUCUGGGUAUACUCAAAAUGGGGGUGACAAAGAAGCUAUUUGUCUCCUUUCUGAAAUGCGGAAAGAAGGAUUUAGUUUUAACCCCACCACUCUAUCUACUAUCCUUAAAUCCACUGCGAGCUUGCAGUCAGUUGAUGUUAGUAAGCAAAUCCAUGUGCUUGGUGUGAAAUCAGGCUUUCGGUCUGAUAUUUAUGUAAUAAACAGUCUCAUUGAUGCUUAUGGGAAAUGUAGCCUGAUAGAGGAUGCUAAGAGAAUUUUUGAGGAAUGCCCUUUUGGAGAUGUUGUGUCCUUUACGUCUAUGAUCACAGCUUAUUCCCAAUGCGGGCAAGGGGAGGAAGCUGUGAAGCUCUUCUGUGAAAUGCUGGAUAAGGAGCUGAGGCCUGAUCGGUUUGUGUGUAGCAGCCUUCUCAAUGCUUGUACAAAUUUAUCAGCGUAUGAACAAGGGAAACAAAUUCAUGUUCAUGUCUUGAAGUCGGGGUUCGAGUUGGAUGUGUUUGCUGGAAAUGCACUCGUUAACAUGUAUGCCAAGUGUGGAAGCAUAGAGGAUGCGGGCCGUGCCUUUUCCGAGAUACCGGAGAGGGGGAUCGUCUCGUGGUCCACAAUGAUCGGUGGGCUUGCUCAGCAUGGGCAUGGAAAGGAGGCUCUUGAUUUGUUUGAUCAGAUGCUUAGAGAAGGUGUGAUUCCGAAUCAUAUCACUUUAGUCAGCGUUCUUUGUGCGUGUAACCAUGCAGGUCUGGUGACAGAGGCCAAACAGUAUUUUGAAUCGAUGGAAGAGCGAUUUGGGAUUGAACCAAUGGAAGAGCAUUACGCAUGCAUGAUCGAUCUUCUUGGACGUGCGGGGAGACUGAAUGAGGCGGUGGAGCUCAUCAACAAGUUGCCAUUUGAUGCAAAUGCUUCAGUAUGGGGCGCACUUCUUGGAGCUUCCAGAAACCACAAGAAUUUUGAAUUAGGCAGACGUGCAGCUGAGAUGCUUUUCAUGCUCGAACCAGAGAAGUCAGGAACCCAUGUGCUUCUUGCAAACACGUAUGCUUCAGCGGGAAUGUGGGAAAAUGUUGCUGAAGUUAGAAGACUGAUGAAGGACAGCAAGGUGAAGAAAGAGCCUGGGAUGAGUUGGAUUGAGGUGAAAGACAAAGUCCAUACCUUUAUUGUAGGGGAUAGAAACCAUUCAAGGACUGAAGAGAUCUAUGCAAAGCUUGAUGAACUGAGUGAUCUAAUGAGUAAAGCCGGAUAUGUACCCAUGGUGGAGAUUGAUCUUCAUGAUGUGGACCAGAGUGAGAAGGAGGUGCUUCUUUACCACCAUAGCGAGAAGCUCGCCAUAGCUUUUGGGCUGAUCAGUACUCCGCCGGGGGCUCCUAUUAGGGUCAAGAAAAACCUUCGAGUAUGCAGGGAUUGCCACACUGCAUUCAAGUUCAUAUGCAAAAUUGUUUCAAGGGAGAUUAUUGUUAGAGAUAUCAAUCGGUUCCAUCAUUUCAGAGAUGGGUCUUGCUCCUGUGGGGACUAUUGGUGAUAUUUAUGGCAGUUUUGGGUCCUUUAAAGCUUAUUAUCUUUCUUAAUCAGCUUUGAAAUUCAUUAGUCCUAUCGUUUCAAGACACCUGGGAUCUGCAUGUCCGAUUAAGUAGAGCUGUAUCCUAUGUAUCCCUGAACUCUUUAACAGCUAGAUUUCAAAAAUAGAAACCUGAUUUAUCUUCUGUAGCAUUGGAGGGAAUCUGCAAGUGGUGUCCAUGGCUAGCUCGAUUUUAUGGUGCUUCAUGAGACUGCAGUGGCAGAGUUGUCUGCUGUUCUUCAUACCAAAAGUAGAAGAUAUAUCCACAUAUCACAUUCUUUUGUAAUAAUGAUCUAUCGCUACUGCAAUUUUCUCCACAUACAACAAUUCAAAGGUUCUUGUUCUUCUUUUCCUA